AUUUUUAGAUGGUUGGUUGGUUUUUAGCAUUCUGGCAGAUAAAAGACAAAUAAAUAAAUGUGUGAAAAAUGAUUCUUUUUGGGGAAAGUUUGAGGUCUGUGUAUGAAUUAUUAUUGGCAGCGGGCAAGCCAGGUCAAAAUGGGGGGGUUUGUGUGUGUGUGUGUGUGUGUGUGUGUGUGUGUGUGAAUGAGUGCUGCAUACAUUUAAACUUGUUUUCAGAAUUCUGACCAUUGCUGAACUUGGAUUUGCGCACACUGACCAAGUUAGUUUAUAUUUUAAAUAGCUCACACGUACAUUAUAAAAAUCCAAUGAUCAUCAAUAAUAAAACAUAUUAAUGUCUAUAAAACUUAUGUACAUAAAAAGAGUAUCUCUCUCUCUCUCUCUCUGUUUGUUUGUCUGUCUGUCUGUCUCUCUCUCUCUCUCUCCCUGUUAUGCAUGCACAGACACACAAUCCGUCAAUCCAUAACAAGAUCCCCAAAUUUUCCUUAAGGUUUUUUUGGGCUUCACAUAUAUACACACCCAUAUACAUACAAACUCUCACAUAUGGCCUUACAGAACUGUGUAUGGUACAUGCACUUUACACACACUCACUUACAAGCUCAGACAGGGCAAGCUGUGUUAGUACGGCACUCAUGUUUCCCGCACACAUCCUGUGGAUAAAUUGAUGUAUGUGUGUGAUAUUACCUUGAGAGGAAAACUGGCCAGAAAGAGAGAUUCAUCGGAAUGUUUAUUUGGGUCCGACCUUAAGUCAAAGACCCUCCCAGAGCCCCAAACUAACCUGGUCCACCUUAUACACACAUACACAUUGCAUAGAUCAAGGUAUGUUUGUCUUUCCUACCCAAACUGUAAUUUUUGUUGCAGGUAUUUCCCCCUCCUCCCCAACAAACUCUUAUAGACACACCUUAUGGAUGGGGGGACGUCUCUAGACCUAUCCUAAGUGUAACUGUCCUUGUGUGUGCCCUGAUAACCUGAGAGUCUCUCACUCUCUGUAAAUCAGUGUGAAGCUGGUUGCCGAGACUGUCAUUAGAAAUCUUGCUAUAUACAGAAUGGCGUUGCUCGGGUUUGUGAUGCUCCUGUGCAUCUUGGGAGCUCAAGCCACGGUGGACCUUCGAAAUGCUGCUGCCAUGGCUGCAGGAUUGUGCAAGACCAAGCCUACUGACCUGGUGUUCAUCAUCGACAGCUCUCGGAGUGUGCGGCCUGCUGAGUUCGAACAGGUCAAGGUGUUCCUCAACAAGAUAAUAGAGGGUCUGGAUGUGGGGCCUGAUGCCACACGUGUGGGUGUUGUGAACUAUGCCAGCAAAGUGAAGAAUGAGGUGUCACUGAAGUCCUACAAGACAAAGCCUGCACUGAUCAAGGCCGUAUCAAAGAUCGAGCCACUCUCCUCUGGCACCAUGACUGGCUUGGCCAUCCAGUUUGCCAUGAAUGUGGCCUUCAGUGAGGCAGAGGGUGCACGUGUCAAAUCCACUGAUAUCAGCAAGGUAGCAAUCAUUGUGACAGAUGGGCGACCACAGGACAAUGUGCGUGACAUUGCAGCAAGGGCACGGGAGUCCGGCAUCGAGAUAUAUGCCAUCGGUGUGGGCCGAGUGGACAUGAACACGCUAAAGCAGAUAGCCAGUGAGCCUCUGGAUGAGCACACAGAUUACGUGGAGAGCUAUGGCUUCAUCGAGAAGCUCACCCAGAAGUUCCAGGAAGCCUUUUGUGUGUCCGACUUGUGCGCAACAGGUGAUCAUGACUGUGAGCACAUUUGUGUCAGCGUACCUGGAUCGUUCAAGUGUGCCUGCCGGGAGGGCUACACACUCAAGGAAGAUGGCCGUUCCUGCAGUGCCUGCAGUGAUGCUGCUACAGAUGUGGUCUUCCUGAUCGAUGGAUCAAAAAGUGUGAGGCCAGAGAACUUUGAGCUGGUGAAGAAGUGGAUCAACCAGAUUGUUGACAGGCUGGAUGUGUCAGACAGAAAUACCCACGUGGGUCUUGUGCAGUACUCUAGUUCUGUCAAGCAGGAGUUUCCUCUCGGAAAGUAUAACAGCAAGAAAGACAUCAAGGAGGCUGUGAAGAAGAUGCCUUACAUGGAGCGUGGAACCAUGACAGGCCAGGCUCUCGGUUACUUGGUGGAAAAAAGUUUCACCAUUGGCUAUGGCGCCAGGCCUGGGGCAGCCAAAGUGGGCAUCGUCUUCACAGACGGCAGGUCACAAGACUACAUUGGAGAUGCGGCAAAGAAGGCUAAGAAUUUUGGCUUCAGGAUGAUUGCUGUAGGAGUCGGAAAUGCAGUUGAGGACGAGUUGAAAGAAAUCGCCUCUGAACCUGAGAACUAUUUCUAUUCUGCUGACUUCAAAGCCAUAAACGAGAUUGGGAAAAAAUUGCAAAUCACCACUUGUCCAGCUGAGGAUCCCUGUGAAUGUCAGUCUCUUAUGAAGUUCCAGAAAAAAGUGGACGAGGCUCUCCAGGCAUUAACAAAGAAAUUGGAGGGAAUAACAAAGAGGAUUGCAGCUCUGGAAAACAAAAUUGUGUGAGAGAUGAGCACUCUACUCCCUGCCAAAGCCUCGUCUCACUAUUUUUACUCACUACUGCUGAGUCACCUCUUGUGAUGCCUGACGUCUCUUCCUGCCUUUUGCUUCAGUUUUCUCACUACAUCUGCUUUAAAUCACUAAAUUUCCCGAAGCUGAAGCACUGAUCAUCAUGGUGUUUUUAUUUAUACAUGAUUUCACUAUUACAGUGAAGAGAUUUGUGCAUGUUAAAUACAGAUACUGAUGGACACAUUAUAUUAUCUUUCAAAAUUAUUAUAAAAAAGUGCACAUGAACAAGUGCUCUUGUUCCAUCAGCUCAUCCGUACGAUGAAAUAUAGUUUGCAUUUUAAAGGCCCCUACCAUCUCUAUGCAGAUUCACUCUUUUACCACAAGCUCUAUUUUUGUCAUUCUAUCUGUCACUCAUCUGUCAGUGAAACUUCUUCUUUCACUUCCACUUGUGCCCAAAAAGAAAGAUAUACUGGAUAUAUGGUAUAUAUAUAUAUAUUAUAUUAAUUUAAUAUACAAUUUGACUUGAAAUACAUACAUGGGUGCUUUUUUCCUUUCUAAAAAAAAAAAAAAACAGGAUAUAUUACUUACACACACACACACACACACGCCACCCCUCACUUAAACACACAUACAAACACACUUGACAAGCAUUUCAAAA